AUGGUACGAACAACAGUCGCGUGCGCGCGAUGUAGAAAAGCCAAGCUCAAGUGCAUCCACGACGGCUCCCCACCGUGCCAACGAUGCAUGAAAGAGGGCGCGACGCGAAUCGUUGAUACAUGUGUUCUUACGCGUCCCAUCAUACAACGGAAGCACUUACUGGCAGCGUACACCUCUACGGGCGUUAUAGGGAGUAGCUCCGGCGAACGACACAAUGCGGCCGUGACCCGAAGCCGAUUUGCAAAUUUCCAAAGAGCAUCAAGUCAUCGAGGGCAACCAAGCGAACCGCAGAAAGACUUUAUACACCGAGUUACUAGAGCAGCAAACGUAUUCGUGAAACAAUUCCCGGAACUGAACUUUCUGCAUCUUCCAAGCUUCUUGCAAAGCUUGAAAACCUUGGAUGCGUCUCUCGUUGACACCACGGGAAGUAAGAGUGUCGGCAGCCCUGCAACUAAGAUCAAAGGUGUAUGCUUCGCUCUCUUGGCUCUCUGUGCGCCCUGGCUUGAAGAUGAAUACUCGAGCGAAGACUGUGUCUCGUCCGCCAGAGCCAGCAUCUCAGCAGCCGACCAGCCAGAUAUACUAUCGGUGCAGACUCUCUUAAUCAUAGCAAUGUAUGAAUGGGGGUGUGGCAGGACACUUAAAGCGUGGGCUGACAGCGGGGUCGCCAUACGAUCGAUUCAGCUGCUCAAUGCCCUUCAGAAGUCGCAUGAUACAGCAGGAAUGCAUGGUGAGAUCCAGAACCGCACGUUUUGGGCUUGCUUCGUUAUGGACAGGCUUGUAUUUUGUGGAAAGCCCCAGCCUCUGGCUCUUCCCCUCCAGUCAGUCGAAGUCCACUGGCCGAUUGGACAGCGAGACUUUGCGUUUGGUCAGACUACCUCUCGUGUUUACCCGCAGAACGAGUACGGCGCACCAACGGAACACGCAGAGUACAAAGACUUGGACAAGGUUUAUGCAGUCAUCGUUCAAGGCUACGAUAUCUGGUCCAAGAUUUUGCAGUGGAUAGCUGGUGGCGGCCGCCGGCGGCUGUCUGUGCACCAACAAGUCAGACCUCCAUGGGCCCGUGAUUCUAUUUGGCGAGCUCUAUAUGAUGAGCUCCAUGAUUGGCGUGAAAGACAGGACCCCAACAUCCGAUUCCCUGAGACGGCGAUAGAAGUUCAUGCUAGUCUUGGACAGGCGCAUAGCUUUGCAUAUCUCAACCUGAUAUAUCAUCUGUGCCGCCUAUUUCUAGGACGCGAGUAUAUCCCGUUCCUCCCAACGCCUGCGUCCGAACCUUCAGGGCCAGUUGACCCUCCACUUUUGACACAAGAAGCUCCUUCAGGAUGGUGGGACGAAAGAGCACGUGAGCUGUUCUCAUCGUCAGCAAGCAUCACCGAUAUCCUUCGCCGUUUGGACACUGCUGCGGUUCCAAUAUCCACACCCUUUUCUGGCUUCUGCUCCUUCUCAGCUGCAACCAUGAAUAUCUACGUCUUGCACUUCCCUCGGAUGAACCUUGGCCGAAGCACAACCGCCACAGCCGACGUCGACACUGACAGAGCAUACCUCGACCGCUUCCGUACUCAGUGGGCAAUAGGAGCACGCUGGUGGACGACCAUUGAAACUAUGCAGCAGCUUUAUCAGAAGGCCAGCUCUGACCGAGACGAGUUCUUUGGCAAGUCCCGCAUAGAUUACCUGGCACUAGAGGCCAUAAUAAACCACAGCGCGUCCACCUUUCCACCCGAGACGGAAACUGAAACCCAUGGAGGGCCUCAAAUGAGUUAUCCACCAGCAACCCCUCGAGCGAGUAGUGCCAAUAAUGGACCUGGAGCUCUCGUCGGAGAUCACUUGGUGUCCGAAACAGCGGGCCUCGGCGACGUGCACCAAUGCCAAUCACAUCUCCCACCGCAAUAUGAACCGGUCCUAUAUUGCGAUGGUGACGGUAAUGAGUGGAACGCUAUCUGGCCUUUGUGGGAUGAUCAGAUGGAUGUCUUAAUCGUACCGGAAGGUACCCCAUGGGACUAG